AUGAAGUCUGCAAUUCAACACUCUAGUUUUCUAGAAGAAAAGAUUAAGAAGGAAAUUGGAUUAGGGUUAGGAAUAGAUUCUGUUGAAGAGACAAUUUUUGUUCCAAAAGAAAAAGUGGAUGAAUUGUUGGAAAAGAUAAAGUAUGUUCAGUGUAGUAAAAAAGUAACAAAGAAAGAAUUAGAAUCGCUUGUUGGUUCACUUGCCUUUGUUGUAAAAGCACUACCGGCUGACAGUUCAGGGUCGGUUGGGUGUGGUGUUGUUUUUGGCGAUGAAUUGAGUGUGUUAGCUUGGCCAGCAAGUUGGUCUCAGGAGAUAAAGAAGGAUAUUACUUUGUUGGAGCUCAUUCCAAUAUUGUUAGUUUUCGAGGUUCCAUCAGCUGGCUCCUGGGGCUCGGCCUUAUCCUUGUCCAGUUCCUAUGCAAUUUUGGCAAAUUAUUCAUCAACUGUAGAGAACCUGGUAGAUGCUAGCAUUUCGGACAAUACAAACAGCAUAUGGAUAAUUGGUUCAUCUUUGAUAUUUUGGGCUCAGAAAUAUGCUCAACAGAGAAUGCUUAACAACCUGGGAUUUGAAUCACAUAGGAUAAUUUGGCAUGGAAUAAGGGGUAUGGUUUGGUCACAGCUUUAUCCAACUAUCCAAAAGAAAUUAAAAGAUAAUAACCCACCAACAAUCCUAGUAAUACACUGUGGUGGCAAUGAUAUUGGUAAUCCGCAUAAUACCUUGAAGGGUUUACAAAUGUGCAUGAAAUCUACCAUUGUAAAUAUUUCACAAUUAAUGCCAAAGACAGUUAUUGUUUGGUCUCAUAUUUUACCACGAAGUAAUUGGACCUUAUGUCUUUCUAACAAUGAUGGAGAAAAUUGGAGAAGAAGAAUCAAUUCUGCACUUGCUACUUUUGUUGUUAAGAAAAUGUGUGGGGCCUCCAUUAAACAUCCUGAUAUUUUAAGAAGACAUGUAGCCCUUUUUCGCAAAGAUGGUGUACACUUGUCAGACUUGGGUAAUGACUUGUUUGUGAAUUCUUUAAGAAAUGCUCUGGGGGUGUUUUUGUCAACCACUGACAGAUUUUAUCCUACUACUCCCACAUGUACUUGUUAAGUCUUGUCAUGGCCAAUCCUUGAAGUUGUG